GAAAUGAAUUGAGUGACAUGAGCAGGAUGUGGGGCCACCUGAGCGAGGGGUAUGGCCAGCUGUGCAGCAUCUACCUGAAACCGCUAAGAACGAAGAUGGAGUACCACACCAAAAAUCCCAGGUUCCCAGGCAACCUGCAGAUGAGUGACCGCCAGCUGGACGAGGCUGGAGAAAGUGACGUGAACAACUUUUUCCAGUUAACAGUGGAGAUGUUUGAUUACCUGGAGUGUGAACUCAACCUCUUCCAAACGGUAUUCAACUCCCUGGACAUGUCCCGCUCUGUGUCUGUGACGGCAGCUGGGCAGUGCCACCUCGCCCCGCUGAUCCAGGUCAUCUUGGACUGCAGCCACCUUUAUGACUACACUGUCAAGCUUCUCUUCAAACUCCACUCCUGCCUCCCAGCCGACACCCUGCAAGGCCACCGGGACCGCUUCAUGGAGCAGUUUACAAAGUUGAAAGAUCUGUUCUACCGCUCCAGCAACCUGCAGUACUUCAAGCGGCUCAUCCAGAUCCCCCAGCUGCCCGAGAACCCACCCAACUUCUUGCGAGCCUCAGCCCUGUCAGAACAUAUCAGCCUCGUGGUGGUGAUCCCUGCAGAGGCCUCAUCCCCCGACAGCGAGCCAGUCCUAGAGAAGGAUGACCUCAUGGACAUGGAUGCCUCUCAGCAGAAUUUAUUUGACAACAAGUUUGAUGACAUCUUUGGCAGCUCAUUCAGCAGUGAUCCCUUCAAUUUCAACAGUCAAAACGGCGUUAACAAGGAUGAGAAGGACCACUUAAUUGAGCGACUAUACAGAGAGAUCAGUGGACUGAAGGCACAGCUAGAAAACAUGAAGACUGAGAGCCAGCGGGUUGUGCUGCAGCUGAAGGGCCGCGUCAGCGAGCUGGAAGCAGAGCUGGCCGAGCAGCAGCAUCUGCGGCAGCAGGCGGCCGACAACUGUGAGUUCCUGCGGGCAGAACUGGACGAGCUCAGGAGGCAGCGGGAGGACACCGAGAAGGCUCAGCGGAGCCUGUCUGAGAUAGAAAGGAAAGCUCAAGCCAAUGAACAGCGAUAUAGCAAGCUAAAGGAGAAGUACAGCGAGCUGGUUCAGAACCACGCUGACCUGCUGCGGAAGAAUGCAGAGGUGACCAAACAGGUGUCCGUGGCCAGACAAGCCCAGGUAGAUUUGGAACGAGAGAAAAAAGAGCUGGAGGAUUCGUUGGAGCGCAUCAGUGACCAGGGCCAGCGGAAGACUCAAGAGCAGCUGGAAGUUCUAGAGAGCUUGAAGCAAGAACUCGCCACAAGCCAACGGGAGCUCCAGGUUCUCCAAGGCAGCCUGGAAACUUCUGCCCAAUCAGAAGCAAACUGGGCAGCCCAGUUCACUGAGCUAGAGAAGGAGCGGGACAGCCUGGUGAGUGGCGCAGCUCAUAGGGAGGAGGAAUUAUCUGCUCUUCGGAAAGAACUGCAGGACACUCAGCUCAAACUGGCCAGCACAGAGGAAUCUAUGUGCCAGCUUGCCAAAGACCAACGAAAAAUGCUUCUGGUGGGGUCCAGGAAGGCUGCGGAGCAGGUGAUACAAGACGCCCUGAACCAGCUUGAAGAACCUCCUCUCAUCAGCUGCGCUGGGUCUGCAGAUCACCUCCUCUCCACGGUCACAUCCAUUUCCAGCUGCAUCGAGCAACUGGAGAAAAGCUGGAGCCAGUAUCUGGCCUGCCCAGAAGACGUCAGUGGACUUCUCCAUUCCAUAACCCUGCUGGCCCACUUGACCAGCGAUGCCAUUGCUCAUGGUGCCACCACCUGCCUCAGAGCCCCACCGGAGCCUGCCGACUCACUGACCGAGGCCUGUAAGCAGUAUGGCAGGGAAACCCUCGCCUACCUGGCCUCCCUGGAGGAAGAGGGAAGCCUUGAGAAUGCCGACAGCACAGCCAUGAGGAACUGCCUGAGCAAGAUCAAGGCCAUCGGCGAGGAGCUCCUGCCCAGGGGCCUGGACAUCAAGCAGGAGGAGCUGGGGGACCUGGUGGACAAGGAGAUGGCAGCCACUUCAGCUGCUAUUGAAACUGCCACGGCCAGAAUAGAGGAGAUGCUCAGCAAAUCCCGAGCAGGAGACACAGGAGUCAAAUUGGAGGUGAAUGAAAGGAUCCUUGGUUGCUGUACCAGCCUCAUGCAAGCUAUUCAGGUGCUCAUCGUGGCCUCUAAGGACCUCCAGAGAGAGAUUGUGGAGAGCGGCAGGGGUACAGCAUCCCCUAAAGAGUUUUAUGCCAAGAACUCUCGAUGGACAGAAGGACUCAUCUCAGCCUCCAAGGCUGUGGGCUGGGGAGCCACUGUCAUGGUGGAUGCAGCUGAUCUGGUGGUACAAGGCAGAGGGAAAUUUGAGGAGCUAAUGGUGUGUUCUCAUGAAAUUGCUGCUAGCACAGCCCAGCUUGUGGCUGCAUCCAAGGUGAAAGCUGAUAAGGACAGCCCCAACCUAGCCCAGCUGCAGCAGGCCUCUCGGGGAGUGAACCAGGCCACUGCCGGCGUCAUGGCCUCAACCAUUUCUGGCAAAUCACAGAUUGAAGAGACAGACAACAUGGACUUCUCAAGCAUGACGCUGACACAGAUCAAACGCCAAGAGAUGGAUUCCCAGGUUAGGGUGCUAGAGCUAGAAAAUGAAUUGCAGAAGGAGCGUCAAAAACUGGGAGAGCUUCGGAAAAAGCACUACGAGCUUGCUGGUGUUGCUGAGGGCUGGGAAGAAGGAACAGAGGCAUCUCCACCUACACUGCAAGAAGCGGUAACUGAAAAAGAAUAGAGCCAAACCAACACCCCAUAUUCUUUUCAGUUUCAUCAUUUGCACAAACUUGUGAGCAUCAGAGGGCUGAUGGAUUCCAAACCAGGACACUACCCUGAAAUCUGCACAGUCAGAAGGACGGCAGGAGUGUCCUGGCUGUGAAUGCCAAGGCCAUUCUCCCCCUCUUUGGGCAGUGCCAUGGAUUUCCACUGCUUCUUAUGGUGGUUGGUCGGGUUUUUUGGUUGUAUUUUUUUUUUUUAAGUUUCACUCACAUAGCCAACUCUCCCAAAGGGCACACCCCUGGGGCUGAGUUUCCAGGGCCCCCCCACUGUGGCAGCUCCGGCGAUGGUGCUGCCCAGGCCUCUCGGUGCUCCACCUCCGCCUCCAUACUGAGCAAGUGCUGGCCCACCCAGUCCAUGCUCCAGGGUCAGGCGGAGCUGCUGAGUGACAGCUUUCCUCAAAAAGCAGAAGGAGAGUGAGUGCCUUUCCCUCCUAAAGCUGAACCCUGGCGGAAAGCCUCUGUCCACCUUCACAAGGGAGAAUACAACAGAAAGAGGGACGAGAGGGUUCACACAGCUCAGUUCCCAUGACCAGGCUCAAAAACUUGAUGACAUGCUUGAAUGGAGCUGGUGAGAUCAACAACACUACUUCCCUGCUGGAAUGAACUGGCCGUGAAUGGUCUGUGUCAAGUGGGCCAUCUCCCUUGGCCCAGAGAGGGAGCCUGGGAGCAAUUCCCAACUCCUUUCUGCAGAUGUCUGCCUUGGCAUCCUCUUGAAUAGGAAGAUCGUUCCACCUUCUACAUAAUUGACAAACCCGGAAGAUCAGACGCAAUUGCUUCCAUCAGGAAAGAACCCUAUACUUGGUUUGCUACCCUUAGUAUUUAUUACUAACCUCCCUUAAGCAGCAACAUCCUACAAAGAGAUGCUUGGAGCAAUCAGGACUUCAGGUGUGACUCUAGCAAGGCUCAUCUUUCUGCCCGGCUACAUCAGCCUUCAAGAAUCAGAAGCAAGGCCAAGGUGCUGGACUGUUACUGACUUGGAUCCCAAAGCAAGGAGAUCAUUUGGAGCUCUUGGGUCGGAGAAAAUGAGAAAGGACAGAGCCAGCGGCUCCAGCUCCUUUCAGCCACAUGCCCCAGGCUCCCGCUGCCCUGUGGACAGAAUGAGGACAGAGGGCACAUGAACAGCUUGCCAGGGAUUGGCAGCCCAACAGCACUUUUCCUCUUCUAGAUGGACCCCAGCAUUUAAGUGACCUUCUGAUCUUGAAAAAACAGCGUCUUCCUUCUUUAUCUAUAGCAACUCAUUGGUGGUAGCCAUCAAGCACUUCCCAGGAUCUGCUCCAACAGAAUAUUGCUAGGUUUUGCUACAUGACGGGUUGUGAGACUUCUGUUUGAUCACUGUGAACCAACCCCCAUCUCCCUAGCCCACCCCUCUCCCCAACUCCCUCUCUGUGCAUUUUCUAAGUGGGACAUUCAAAAAACUCUCUCCCAGGACCUUGGAUGACCAUACUCAGAUGUGUAACCUCCAUACUGGGCUAAGGAAGUAUCAGCACUAGAAAUUGGGCAGUCUUGUGUUGAAUGCUGCUUUCUGCUUAGUAUUUUUUUGAUUCAAGGCUCAGAAGGAAUGGUGCGUGGCUUCCCUGUCCCAGUUGUGGCAACUAAACCAAUUAGUGUGUUCUUGAUGCAGGUCAACAUUUCCAAAAGUGGCUAGUCCUCACUUCUAGAUCUCAGCCAUUCCAACUCACAUGUUCCCAAUCACCAAUGGGGUGGCCGGGCACAGUGGCUCACGCCUGUAAUCCCAGCACUUUGAGAGGCUGAGGCGGGUGGAUCACCUGAGGUCGGGAAUUCGAGACCAGCCUGGCCAACAUGGUGAAACCCCAUCUCUGCUAAAAAUACCAAAAAUUAGCCAAGCGUAGUGACGGGUGCCUGUAAUCCCAGCUACUCAGGAGGCUGAGACAGGAGAAUCUCCUGAACCCUGGAGGCAGAGGUUGCAGUGAGCUGAGAUCACGCCAUUGUACUCCAGCCUGGGCAACAAGAGCAAAACUCCGUCUCAAAAAAAAAAAAAACAAAAAAAAAAACAAAAAAAUUACAAGUAGGGCAAAAAGUCUAGUGUAAUGGAUCAAAUUAAGAUUCUCUGCCCAGCCGGGCACAGUGGCUCAUGCCUGUAAUCCCAGAACUUUGGGAGGCCAAGGCAGGAUGAUUGCUUGAGCUCAGGAGUUUGAGACCAAGCUGGGCAUCAUAGCGAGACCUCAUCUCUACUAAAAUUCAAAAACAAAAUCAGCUGGGCAUGAUGGUGCGUGCCUGUAGUCUCAGCUAGUUGGGGAGCUGAGGUGGGAGAAUUGCUUGAGCUUGGGAAGUCAAGGCUGCAGUCAGCCCUGAUUGUGCCACUGCACUCCGGCCUGGGUGACAAAGUGAGACCCUGUCUCAAAAAAAAAAAAAGAUUCUCUGUCAGAGCCCAGCCCAGGAGUUUGAGGCUGCAAUGAGCCAUGAUUGCCCACUGCACUUCAGCCUGAGUGACAGAGCGAGACUCCAUCUCUUUAAAAACAAACAAACAAAUUAUCUGAAUAAUCCUGUCUCUAAAAAGAAGCCACAGAAAUGUUUAAAACCUUCAUCGAACUUAGCCUGAGUCAUAACGGUUAAGAAAGCACUUAAACAGAAGCAGAGGCUAAUUCAGUGUCACAUGAGGAAGUAGCUGUCAGAUGUCACAUAAUUACUUUCGUAAUAGCUCAGAUUAGAACGGCUACCCCAUUCUCUAGACAAAAUCAAAUUGUCCUACUGUGACUCUUCUAAAAAUGAAGAUGAAGAGGUAUUUAAUGACACACCUUGGAUUAAAACGGGAAUCACAUCUUAAAGCUAAAAAUGAACCUGCCAGCCUUUUAAAUGAGUCACUGAGCAUCACUAGUGACAAGUCUUGGGUGAGCGUAAAUGGGUCAUGACAAGAUGGGACAGCAACAAAAUCAUGGCUUAGGAUCGACAAGAAGUUGAAAAACAGCUGCAUCUGUUACUUAAGUUUGUAAGACAGUGCCCUGAGACCUCUAGAGAAAAGAUGUUUGUUUACAUAAGAGAAAGAGACCGGAUGUGGUGCCUCAUGCAUUUAAUCCCAGCACUUUGGGAGGCAGGGGCGGGUGGAUCACCUGAGGUCAGGAGUUCAAGUCUAGCCUGGCCAACAUGGUGAAACCUCGUCUCUACUAAAAAUACAAAAAUUAGCCGGGCAUGGUGGCAGGCACUUAUAAUCCCAGCUACUGGGGAGGCUGAGGCAGGAGAAUCACUUGAACCUGGGGGACGGAGGUUGUAGUGAGCCAAGAUCACACCACUGCACUCCAGCCUGAGUGACAGAGUAAGACUUCAUCUCAAGAAAAAAAAGAGAGAGAAAGAAAUAGAAGAGAAGAGUCACUUUGGCAGGGUUAUUUUAUAUCUGAGCAAGGAGUUUAAAUGAGACUAGUUUAGAUUGUCUGCUGAUGUGGCCGUCCAUAGCAGUAUCCCUAAAAUCCCACCAGAAUACAGGUCCCUCUAACCCAGUGGCUGGAAGAACCACUGUCUAGAGCAACUGUUCUUGGAACUGUCCCAGCUACCAAGUCAGACACCAAGGUUUAUGCCACCAGGUAACACGGGGAUCACAGGUACAUGUCACUCUGGUCAGAUUAGUUGGCUUUGGCCCCUCGACUCUGUGCAGGAGCUAGUUCUCAGCUUGCAGCUGGAAGUUCUCUCUUAGCUCCUUAGUCUAGAGGGGUCUCCUGGCUCCACUUGACCCUGGUCUUUAAUAACCAGUCAGUAUCUUGCUACCUUCUACCACCUUUCCAAAUCUCUGGAAAUCCUGCCAGGGAAAGCCUCCAGUUCCAACGUUGGCUUUCCAAGCAAACUGGCUUUGCCCUCUCUGCCAUCCUUGUCCUCCAGAGACUGCACCACCUGUAGCAUAGAAAACCACCACCACGGACCUGCCAGCCAUCGACGCAGCAAACCAGCCAGCUGUUUGCUGCCAAAUUCCUUCCUCUCCCAGGUCCAGACCAAAUACAAGAUCAGCACCACACCGUGUUGUUGUCAGGAGCCAAAGCAACAGGAAACAAUUCAAUGCUGUUGGGUUCGAUUCUGAGAGUAGAUUUUUCCAGACAUGUCUUUCAGGUGACCCUCAACUACCUCAGGUUUGAAGGCCCUAAAUGAAACUGAUUACCACUCAUAGGGACAAACCGAGGGGGUUCGGUUACAUCUUGGUGAUAAUGCAAUUGUCUCAAACUUAUAACAAACUCUUUCACAUUUCGGUUUGCAGGGAUAGGGUUGGGUUUGUUUUUCUUUUCUUCUGUUUUUAACCUUUCCCCCGGGUUUCCAUUAGGGUAGUUCCUUGAAAUGAAUUUCAUUUUUCACUGAGUGCCUACCUUCCCAGGGCAGGUGGCCACUGGCUUCUGUUUCCCUCCAACAAUACUUUUAUUAUGGUAUUUAGACCUUUCUUUGUAUAAUACAUUGCAUCUGUGUUUUCAAUUUUUCAAAUAAAUAUUUCCGCCUGGCAA